AUACAUAAGGUUUAGAAAAAUCCAUACUUUAAUAUAAAACCGCCCUCUCUACUCCCGGCGAAGGAACGGUCGGUAAGGGAGCCACAGGUGUUUUCUCACCCGUCGGAGGACGACUUUAAUGGCGAAUCUGCCACAAUCACUAUCGAUGAACGUUCCUUUUGGUGGGCCUGGACCGUCUAAUCCUGCCAGCCUCGGAGGUGCAGCAAACAAGGACAGGAAAAUGGCGUCGGCUGAGCACUUGGUGCUCGAUCUCAGUAACCCCGACCUUAGAGAAAAUGCCCUUCUUGAGCUAUCCAAGGUGAUUUUGCCGAUCCCUUCUUGAAGUUUCUCCCUUUUUGAAUCUGGGUUUUGGAUAAAGUGAGGUAGAAACUGUGGUGGGUUUGGAUUCAAUUCUUGUGUUAUUUGUGUUUUGUUACGUCUGAGAGGAAAGAAAUUGGAGAAAUACCUUAUCGAAUUCGAAACUACAUAUUAUACGUGUAAUAAUAAGUGAAAGAUUCGAUCAAUUGUUAAUAAAUUUUUUCUUUCAUUGUAUAAUUUCUGGUCUCUUAUGAUCUGUUAGAGAAGUCUACAACGUUUCAUGUAGUAAAGUGUUCCAGUCUUU